AUUUAUAAUAUAAAAUGGGUGAAUAUACUGCACGACAUUAUAUGGAGAUGGUAAUGUUGUACGGCGAACACGGGUAUAAUGCUCACCAAGCAGCUGCCGCAUUUAGGCAGAGGCACCCUGCACUUCGACCAAACCAUAAUACCAUUCUCAGAGUCAUCCAACGAGGAAAUGAGAAUGGUAAUUUGGUUCCUGAUAAUAGAAACAGGGCGGGUGCACCUAGGAGGGCGAGAAACCCAGCGAAUGAGGAGAGGAUUCUCCAAUAUAUCCAUCAACACCCGACGCACAGCAUAAGGCAAAUGGUGCGUGCCCUUCAGCUCAGUUACUGGACUGUACAACAGAUCUUAAGAGGCGACGGUUUACACGCUUACCAUUACCGCCAAGUACAAGCCCUCCAUGAAGGUGACAACGAGAGGAGAAUGGCAUUUUGCCGGUGGCUCGUCGCUCAACACGAGCAGGACCCGACAUUUAGGGACAGGAUCCUCUACACGGAUGAGGCGACGUUCCCGAGAAGUGGAACUUUCAAUUAUCAUAACAACCACGAGUGGAGGCACGAAAAUCCACAUCUCGCGAUACGUUGCCGACACCAGAGGAGAAUGUCCCUAAAUGUUUGGUGUGGUGUUGUAGGAGAUCUCCUUAUUGGUCCUUUCUUUUUUGAUGGCCAUUUAAAUCGUGAUAUUUAUGCCAAUUUUAUCACCAACGAGUUGCCUAGAUUGUUGACAGAGGCUGGACUUACGCAAGAGCAGAUUAAUAGAAUCUAUCAUCAACAAGAUGGUGCUCCACCUCAUAGGCCGGAGGAAGUUCUUAACAGAAUCCGUGUAAUAUUUGGUGAUCGCAUAAUCGCUUUGGGUGCUGAGCGAGAGUGGCCUCCGCGGUCCCCAGACUUGAAUGUUUUAGAUUUUCAUGUCUGGGGACAAGUAAAGGAUUAUGUGUACCGGGUGGAAAUUGAGACCAUCGAACAAUUGCGUAAUCGAAUUCUCGAUGGUUUUGCUACAAUCACCCCUGAAAUGUUGCGCCAUUCAACACAAAGCGUUAUCCGACGCGCGAUGUGUUGCAUUGAGCAAAAUGGUGGAAAUUUCGAACAGUUUUUAUAAUUUUAGAGUCACAAGUUUUUCUGAGCGUUAUAAUUAAUAAUUUAUUUAAAAUUUCAAUUUAAUAGUUUUGAAUUUAUUGUUAACUGUUUUUUAGGACAAAGAAGAUAUAUAUCUGCAAUUUGAAAAAAAGAAAUCCAGUGCAAUAAUGUAUUUUUUAUUUUUCAUUAAGGGGAGGCAUCACCCCCAAUUUUGACCCACUUUAAUUUACAUUAUUAAACGAGGUUCUAUUUUUUUCUUGCAUCAUUUGGAUCUUAAAAACAUACAGAAUAGUCCAAAAAAUGAAAUUUUAAUUUAUGACCAUUUUAGAAAUUAAAGUCUUAAAAAAAUUAAUAUUUUAAAUAUCUAUCUUUUUUUUACAAUUUUGACUAUUUUUCCACGCUUUUUUAAUGAUUCUUAAGAAUUUCUCGCAUGGAUUUUCAAAAAUUUUAAUUUUUUCAAAAAAAGAGCGAAAAAUAUAAGUUAAAACACCAUUGCACUCUCCGAUUAAAUAUGUAUCUUCUUUCACAAUUUUAAGUAUUUUUCAUCGUCAAAUUUUUUCCACGCUUUUUUAAUGAUUUGUCAGAAUCUCUCGCAUGGAUUUUCAAAAAUAUUAAUUUUUUCAAAAAAUAAAAAUUCUAAAAUGGUCAAAAAUUUU